GAGAAAUCCCGGUGGCCAACGCCGCCUCCUCCUCCUCUUCUGGAUCAAACUGUUGCACUUGCAAUUGUCAGCCAGCUCUGCAGGCCAUUCUUCAGGAGCUGAAAACUAUGAGGAAGAUCAUGCAGAUCCAAGCCGCUGCCCAGGACCGACCUCAGCCCCUGGUUCCUCUGGCUACCUUGCCGAAAUCCACAGUCUCAAGGAAGAGGAAUAAAAAGAAAAAAGCGACCCCAAAGACUGUCAAGCCCCUUGCUGUGAAACAGGAACCUGGCCCCGGCGAGAACAGCAGGAAGUUACCCGCGAAUUUGGACCGGUUGAGCGUGGAAGCGGCCGAGGCCUCCGUGAAAACGGAGCCGCUGGUUUCAGGAUUCGGCAUCGUGCUCGAAUCCUCGUCUUCAGAUGUAAGUGGACGAGAGGCAGUCAGUGGCAGGCAGACCUUGGCUUACGACGGUCCGUUCAAAGCUACAACGGCACUGAAAAAAAAGGGACUUGACAGCCAUUUUCCGCACUUAACGACCGUAGGAGCAUCCCCGUGCUCCUGCGAUCAAAGUCCAGGCACUUGGCAAUUGAUUCGUCUUUACGACAGUUGCG